AUGACACUUCCUUCAAUUCGAAAGCUGACGACGGGGCUUUUGGCCCCGUUGCUCAUCACCGCUAGCACUAUCCCUCACAGAGUGUGUAAAGUCAAACCCGGAAAUACCAAUUGGCCCUCCGAGGACGAGUGGAAGCAGCUCAACGAAACACUCUCUGGAAACCUCAUCAAGCCGGAACUUCCUGGAGGCGUGUGCCAUACAGGACAACCAAACUAUGACAAAGACCAAUGUCCAAACGUGAUAAAAGCAUGGUCAACUCAGGAUUUCCAUGUACAAGAUCCCAUUUCUGUCUUGUCAACCCAGUUCACCGACUACUCAUGCCUGCCUGAUCCCAAGGCACCUUGUGGGCGCGAAGGCUACCCACAGUACGUGGUGAAUGCAUCGACAGCUGAGCACGUCAAAGCCGGCAUCGAUUUUGCUCGAGACCACAGCGUUAGACUGGUGAUCAAGUCCACUGGGCACGACUAUCUCGGCCGGUCCAUCGCUCCCGGUGCCCUCUCCGUGUGGACCCAUCAUUUGAACGACAUAACCUAUCACAAGAAAGAGUUUAAGCUAGCAGGACUUGGAAAGGUGAUUGAGGGCGACGCUGUCACUGCCGGCGGCGGGACUGAGAUGCUUGUAAUUUAUGAGGCCUGCGCAGCUCAUGACACCACAGUCGUAGGAGGGAGUGCAAGAAGUGUGGGCGUCACAGGCCACUUCUCAUCCGGUGGCCACUCGAUUCUCUCGCCACGCUACGGCUUGGCUGCGGACAAUGUUCUUGAGAUGGAAGUAGUCACCGCUGCCGGUGAGAUCCUGACUGUGAAUGAGGAUCAAAACCAAGACCUUUUUUGGGCUCUAAGAGGCGGUGGUGGCUCUACAUUUGGAGUUAUCACGGCUGUGACCAUGAGAACCGUCCCGUCUCCUCGUAUUCACGGCAUAUCAUGGGGCGCCCUCACUGCUUCAAACAGCACCAUCGUGCCCAAUCUCAUCACGUACAUCUUCACCCAGCUCCCGUAUCUCAUGGACUCGGGGCUCUCUGGAUACAAUUUCUUCUACCGCGAGAUGGAUAACCCAUCACCGGCGCCUGGUAUUCCAGAUAAGAUCGCUGGAGUUAACGGCGGACUGAUUCUCCAAAACAGCGAUGACCCAGACGCCGUUCACAAGAUUUUCAAACCCAUCAACGAAACUUUGCAGUCGCGGUGGAAGGGCCAAGUUUUGCUUAUCUUGAAUGUUACCACGUACGAGAACUUCAAGGACUGGUACGACGCCUCUUACGAUAAAGGGUUGGCUGGCUAUAGCGUCUACCUCAGAUCAAGGCUGCUGGGCCGCGAAACGCUCCUUGGGGACGAGAAACCGCUACGAGAGGCUCUUAUGACUGCUCUGGACUCGCUUACCAAUCUGCAAGCAUUCAUGGUGGGUGGUCCAGGUGUUCAUGAUGCUAAGCCAAGGGGAGGAGGUAACUCGGUUCUCCCAGUUUGGAGAAACGCUCAAAUUCACGCCCGCAAGUUGACCCUUUACCGAGUAAACUUGGCUCAGUUAACUAACAAUAGAUGCCCAGUGGCUCCUCAAGGAUUUAUUCCUCUCAACGCAACGGCGGAAGAGGAAGCAAAGCAACUGCUCGAAACCAAGUUCCAGCCUCUCUGGGAUCUAGCCCCCGAUUCCGGAUCGUAUGUGAACGAGGCGUAUCCCUAUGAAGAGGACUGGCAGCAGGCUUUCUGGGGCGAUAACUACAAGCGACUUCUUUCGAUCAAGCGAAAAGUCGACCCAACCGAUGUGUUUUGGUGUGUGCCUUGCGUUGGCAGCGAGAACUGGGAGGAGCAAGCUGACGGUCAGCUUUGCAAGGUUUCAUAG